CCCAGUCAUUGCUCCUGCACUGACUUGUACCAGCUCGGACUUCCUCAGUCGCUUCUUCCACCGGCGGUAUUCAGCAAGCUAAAUGCUCUUUUUGUGAUUCACCAGGAAAACGGAUCCUCUUCCUCACUCACAAACUUGAAGCCUGCACAUUAUCGGAGUGUGUGGGAGCAUCAUGUGGAGGAAGGCUUCAGCAGCGGCCCUGCUGGCGUUAGCUGUUGGCUAUUUCUACCAUGGCAGCCCAGACCUGCCAGAGCAGAUUCUGCAGUAUAUCAGCCUGCCAAGCUUUCAGUCAUCAUCUCAGAGCGAGAACAGCCAGAGCAGCCUGGAGCAGGUGAUCGCCGGUGCCUGGGAGAGGCUGAUAACUCAGCCGACCCGGCAGUGGGGCAAAGUGGCAGUGGGGGUGAAUGCGUGUGUCGAUGUGGUCGUCUCAGGAGUGGGACUGCUGCAGGCCCUGGCUGUGGAUCCUGGCACCGGCCUGGAUCACGAAGUGUUGCACUCCAAAGAGGACUUGAAGGAAGCCUUCAUCCAUUACAUGGGGCGCGGAGCAGCUGCCGAGCGCUUCUUCAGCGACAAGGAGGUCUUUCAGAGGAUUGCACGCGCAGCAGCAGAGUACCCCGGUGCGAAGCUUUACGUGGGAGGGAACGCUGCCCUCAUUGGCCAGAAGCUUGCCACCUACCCUGAUCUGAUGGUUUUGUUAUGUGGGCCAGUUGGUCCUAAACUUCAUGAGAUGCUGGACGAGCAGAUAGUUGUUCCACCUGAAUCUCUCCAGGAGACGGAUGAAUUUCACCUCAUCCUGGAGUAUAAAGCGGGUGAGCGGUGGGGUUCAACCCAGGCACCUCAAGCCAACCGCUUCAUCUUCUCUCACGAUGUGUCCAACGGGGAGAUGAGCUCACUGGAGACGUUCGUGGCGAGUCUGGAUGAGUUUCAGCCUGACCUGGUCGUCCUGUCGGGGCUCCACAUGAUGGAGGGUCAGGGCAGAGAGCUGUGGGAGGAGCGACUAAAAGAGGCUGUGUCUGCCAUAUCUGACAUUCAUAAAGACAUUCCCAUCCACCUGGAGCUGGCAAGCAUGACCGACAAAGACUACAUGAACAGCAUCAUGCAGGAGCAGGUUAUGCCCAUUGUCAGCUCCAUCGGGCUGAACGAGCAGGAGCUGCUCUUCCUCUCUCAGGCUGGUGACGGGCCUCACGCAGACUUGGCUGCCUGGAAAGGCAUUCCAGACAUGGGCCGGGUCAGCGACAUCCUCCUCUGGAUCCUGGAGCAGCAUGGCCGCAGCGACCCCGCAUCAGAAGCGGACCUGACUCGCAUUCACUUCCACACACUGGCCUACCACGUACUGGCUACCGUGGAUGGAUACUGGGGGAACCAGGCGGCAGCAGUGAUGGCUGGAGCGCGAGUGGCCAGCAGUCAGUCCUGUGGCCUCCAGGCUGUCGACGUAAGCAAAGUGGAGCUCAAAGCCCCACUGGAGUUUCACAGCUCACACUCUGAGCCACGAGAGAAGCUGUCCCUGAACCCAACAGAGCCUGUUACUGUGUGGCACAGAGGAAACGUCACCUUUCACUUGACACCGGUGCUGGUCUGCAAACAGCCACUUCGGACAGUAGGGCUCGGGGAUGCCAUCUCAGCAGAGGGACUAAUUUAUUCAGAGUUAAAGACCCAGCAGCCCUUCUAAAGGAUUGCUUGAAUCUGACACUCCGUUUGUCUGGAAAACGUUGAUGGGAAGUGCUGAAAAGACCCAGUGAAGUUUCACCUGCAGCUGUUGUCGGGUUGGAGUCCUGUUUCUAAACUUGUCAGACCUCCGUGUCCUGAACCAGCUUCUGUGUCUUCCUUCCCGAAGCUACGCUGAGUUUAAGAAUGUGAUCGAUGGCGAUAGUUUUCAAAUCCUGCCUGAUGACUCCUCCAGCCUGCUCCGGUCUCGUCUGGUCUCCCUCCUCUAAUCCUGCAGCAGACACAGAAACUGAGGCAGAUUUUCACAGAAGUGGAUCUGACCGGGCUGUGCGGUGGCCUGAAUCUAUGCACUGGGCGCAGCUCAGAGCCAUCUUCACAAACUCCAAAGAGUUUAGUUGGCUCACCUAAUUUCCUUUGACCUGCAUACCCUCAGUAUGCUGUGCCUUGAGAAAAUAAAAAUUAUCCUUAAAUAUUUCAUUCAUAUUCAGAGCCAAACAAACUUAAUGUUAAGCAUCACAUUGGUUACCUUUCUGAGAUACAUAUAUCUAUAUAUCUAUACACACACACACACACACAUAAACAAUUGUGUUUGACUGGAAACUGAUGAGCAUUUUCCUAUAUUGUAGAAUCUAACUGGUAUUCUUGAUAUUCUUCGUUUCCUCAACUUUUGGUGCAUUCAUGUCAAAUAGUCACUAGAUCACUUGAAAGCUCAUUCAGACACCCACGUGUGUCUGACUUCUUUAUGUGUAAUAACUGUUACCUAGAUAUACUUGACAUUUUUGUUAUUUGUCCUGUGAGGAUAAAAACUCUAGAGAGCGUCACAAAGUCGUGUUUUCUCACUUUUUGGCCUGAACACUCCCUCAAGAAAGAUGAUCAAGCUUAAAACUCAAAAACUACAAACAACAGUUAUUGCUGGUUGCGUGCACGACGUUGUAAAUUCCUCAUGCAGCAUCCGUCUACAUUUUUACGCAAACCAUGAAAUGUUACACUUAUAAAAUGCAAAUUUCAACAUGAUUCUGAAGGGGAUCCUUCUUUAUGCAGGAAAGCUCCGUUUACAGUCAGUUGCGAGCUAGUUAGCCUAAAGGUUCUGAUGGAAAUUAAAGGAAAAAUACAAAUGAGGUGUAGGUCAUAUGUUAUCAGGGUUACUGUACUUGUUUGUUCACUGUUUUGUUUGUGCAACUUUUCAGUUAUUCCUUUACUUAUAAAAUGUGACUAUGUAACACGAAUGGCUGGAAAACCUUACAACCUGGCCAGUGUAACAAACUGCAAGACGUUUCUGAUUCAGAUUCUGGCAUAUAGAUCCGUUAUGCUUUUUCAUGGGUUGUUUGUUUUCAGAGCUUACUUGGGAACGCCUACAUCAUGUUAGAUGUACAGUUUGUGUCAGAACAGUGUAUUUGUAUACCUCACAUGGCCACUGAAGGCAUGCAAUAAUGGAGUCUUAAUGCAAGCAUACAACAGAAAGAUGUAUGGGAUUUUGUUUAGCAGAAUUAAUUCUUUGCACUAGUAGGAAGUGGCAGGUGUGCCUGCAAAGGUGAAUGUAACCUUAACUCCAAACCCCACCCCCUUUAUUUUUAGCAAGUACAAUCUAUUCAACUAUACUCCUUUCAUUGUUUGUGUGUCAUGUUUUUAACAUUUGUAACUGUCAACAAGUUUCAUUUACUUGUAGUCUGUCAUUAAAAUAUGUAUGGAGA